CUCAUUGUCACCUGAACGCUACCAGGUCAGCUGUCAUGUACUCAUCACACUCUUUUCGUUCCGUCUUUUCAACUUUGAAACAGCAGUCAACUGCUCCUGUUCGCUGUUUCAGACCCUCCAAUCGUCAUUUCUCUACAACUUUCCGACAACAGAGCUCGCAGCAGUCCAGGUCCAGUCAAUCACCUCUCAGAGUCUGGCCGUUCGUUCUUAUAUUGUCCUUCGGAGCAUUCGGAUUCGUGCGCCUCGUAAAAUCUCGUGAAGGAGAGCAAAAUAAGAUGGCCGCAAAGGACGACAAGAAACUCCCGGCACCGAAGCGCGAGAAGCCUCUCUACUCUAAAGAUGAAGCAACCGUCAUAUUUGUCCUUGGAGGGCCGGGUGCAGGCAAGGGAACACAAUGCGCGAAGCUGGUUGAGGAUUACGGGUUCAAGCACCUUUCGGCCGGAGACCUACUGCGUGAGGAGCAGGACAGGCCAGGAAGCGAGUUUGGAGACCUGAUCAAAUCUUAUAUCGCGGAUGGAAAGAUUGUACCCAUGGAAGUCACCGUGCAGCUGUUAGAAAAUGCCAUGCGCGCAUCCAUAGACAGCGGGAACAAUAAAUUUUUGAUUGACGGCUUUCCGCGAAAAAUGGACCAAGCUGUGGCAUUCGAGGAGACCGUUGUACCCUCUUCCUUUACUCUGUUCUUCGACUGCCCCGAAGACGUCAUGGAGAAGCGUCUUCUUAAUCGCGGCAAGACCUCCGGUCGCGCCGACGACAACAUUGAAUCGAUCAAGAAGCGCUUUCGUACAUUCAUCGAGACCAGUAUGCCGGUUGUAGACCACUUCGAAGCGGAAGGCCGAGUCGUCAAGAUCAAGGCGACCAGACCUCCCGAGGAGGUAUACAAGGACGUGCAAGCAAGCUUCGCGUCUCGAGGCAUACGUGCUAACAAAUAGGAUGAGUACUACUUCAAGCUGUUGGAAAAGCAUAGAUUCCGCAAACUAAUGUAUUGUAUUGUUCUGGAGAUGAGUUUCCAGAAUCACGUGUAAUAGACUUACAGUAUUUUUUCCUAUAGGUUGUACCAAUAUGAUAUAUUGCAGGUACUUUCUGUGCCAAGGCGAUCCCGCCGCAUCUUUUCCGGUGCU